CACGCAGUCAAUACAGUGCUCAAGACUUGUUAGUGUUAAAAUGAGAGGCACGCUCUACUUGAUUUUUGGGCUAGGGGUGGUAUUGGCUGACCCGUCAACUCGAUGCUCUGUGGACAUUCUCGCCUACCAGAUAGGCCUCAGCAGCCCCAUACAGCCAUGGGCACUUAAAAUGCUGGAUUCUUCGACGAAACAGCCCCCGGACGGAAUUCUGCAGGGCGCCGCCCGAUUUCAAUUGGGAAAUUACGACGAAUGUUUGGCCGUGCGAGGGCCGUUGAGUAACAACGGAGUUCCCAGGUUCAAAGGAAAGUUUUGCAGGGCGCAGCUGGGCUUCAAGCAAGCUUCAAACAAAACCAUAGAUCCAAAGGGACAAUUAAUUUUAAACCAAAUGCGAUUGGCGCAAGAGAGAAUUGUGAAAAAUAUGGAUUUUCGCACAGGCACUGUGAAUUAUGUGGAAACUAAUCAGUUGCAAAACUUGAGUGAUGAUGUUUUGGCACAAUGGGCAGUUUGUUCGCCCUCGUCUUGCAAUGCUGACGGCGUCAAAAGAAUGGCAGAUUUUAAUCUAGGACUAUUUUUCUCUCAAUUUAAUUUGGAAGUCGAUACGACUGUGAUAGAAAACUCGUGCUACUAUGAGGACGACGGAUCCAAAGACCUUGACACAGGUUCCUGGCUCUUCUUAAUAAUCUUUAUUAUCUUCAACACGAUAUUGGUGUUUGCAACAAUUUGUGAUUACGUUUGGCCCAAAGACAAAGAAAUUCAUGUCGUGGUGAAAGCGUUUUCACUUCGCGCCAAUCUGAGGGAUCUAUUCAAAUUGCCAACAAAAAGUGUACCUCCAGGACAACUGCCCUGCCUGCACGGCCUCAGGGUUUUCAGCCUCUGUUGGGUCGUCCUGAUCCACACUCAACCCGUUGACUAUUUCAACCCCCACAUUAACUUUAAAUCGGCUGUCAAAACGUAUCCUUAUAUGUGGACAAUGGCACCAAUUUUGCACGCCGCCUUAUCUGUGGAUACAUUUUUUGUCCUAAGUGGCUUGCUAACGGUCUACGUGCCCCUGAUGGAGCAGAAAAAGGGCAGAAAAUUUAAUAUUUUCAAAUACUUUGUGUAUCGAUUUAUCAGAAUCACGCCGCCUUUUGCAAUGAUGAUCUUCUACCUGGCCACGGUUCACAAACGACUAAGUGAUGGUCCUUUGUGGGAUCUGAUCGUCGAAUCGGAAACUUCAAGAUGUGAGCAAUACUGGUGGGUCUCCCUGGUCUACAUUCAAAAUUUCUUCAAGCCUGGCGAAUCCGUGUGUCUCAACCAAGGGUGGUACCUCCAGGUGGACAUGCAACUGGCGUUUGUCGUCGCACCUUUUGUCAUAAUUGCCAUGCUCAAGCGGCCCAAAAUCGGUCUCGCUUUAUUAGGAGUUCUAUCGUUUGGCUCUGUUGCCCUGGCUUUCUAUUACACGUUGGCCUUCAACUUGCACAUGACCAAUGCAGUAACACCAAAUCCGUUCUCAACUGGAGACUUUGGAAAACUGAUUUACUUAAAUCCAGCCAUUCGUGCGGCGCCUUACUUGGCCGGUAUGAUUUUGGCCUACUUGCUUGCAAACAAAAUAACAAUCAAGAUGAAUAAAAUUUGGGUGUUGAUCGAGUGGCUGCUCAACACGGCCAUGUGUUUGGCGAUUGUCUACAUGAUCGUCAUCCCUUACAACGUCGACUAUCAGUACGAACACGUGAGCGCAGCUUUCUUUGCUGGUCUCCACAGGUUUGCUUGGGGCGUCGGAAUUUCGUUCAUAAUCUGGGCUUGCACCAACGGAUACGGAGGUGUUGUCAACUCGAUUUUAUCCUGGAAAUAUUUUUUGCCCCUUAGCAAAAUUAGUUUCUGCGCCUACCUGGUGCACAUAGACGUGAAUUUAUAUCACCUUGGCCAGACAAGAGCAAACACUUAUUAUUCAUCCUUUAGAGCAGUUUGCGAGUUCCUCAGCACAUUGGUAAUGAUGCUUCCACCAGCAACGUGGCUUUAUUUGGCCGUCGAUGCCCCCUGUCAGACCAUCAUCAGGGUCGUUUUUGGUAAAGCAGCAACCACUGCUAAAAAAGUUAGUGUUGAGGAAGAGCAGCCAAAAGGGCAGGAUAUAAAUCCAGUCAUACAAGAGCAGGUGAAAAAUGAAGAAGAUGUUGUUGAAAUAAAGAGUGAAUGAUUAAAUAAUAUGCCGUGAAUUCUCUAAUUUUGUUUUGAGCAAGUCGCACAUUAAAUAAGCGCUUAAGUUGAAUAAUUUAAAAUGAAAAUAAAAAAUUUUUA